CAUGAGCCCCAGCAAGUUCGCCUCGCAACUUUGACUGCCAACAACCCACUGCGGACGUCAAAAGUCAAAAAGCAGGGAGUUUGAGCCGCUAAAAGGGAAAACAUAGAGAUCGCCCAGCCGAGAUUCGACACAUACCUACGAACACCCUGCCCGCAUAGCAUAGACCCCUGCUCUAGCACACCUUGCCAACCUAACUGGACCGACAUUGAAUGACAACACAGCUUCCAGGGGUUCUGAGAAGGGACAGCAGGUAUCUAUCUUACGGAGUACAAGGGCCAACGAAAAAAAGUUGCGUCUUGUUAUCGGGAUUGUUUAAUUAGCAUCAAAACACCUGCACCCCUUUUCGACAAAACGACAAACUACUCGAGUAUUCGAGACAUUUCAACGCUGCUGUCACCGACGACGCCCUGUACUGCACCCCGACCCAAAUAACGAUACUUUUUCCUCUGCUUCGAAGCAGCAGCUGUGCGCGCGCGACAUAGGACGCGACGGUUAGGACACCAUGGCUCAAAGAUUCGGCGCUUCCUCGCUGCAUCAGCGCGACUCCCGCAGCGCCCUCUUUGAAGGCUACACCGGCGGCGGCAGCGACAACGGCCGACGACCCGUCAGCGCCUCGCCAUCUAGACUAGGCGGUGGAUAUGGAUACGGGUACGCGGGCGGCAGCGCAUCACCUGCGCCGCCCAUGGGUGGUAGCCACCUCGGUGUUGACGCGAACCGGGGGUUCCGGCCUGCGACGCCAAAUAAACGAGGCCAGUACAGCGACGCUGUGCUGAACGAGCUCGAGAGCCAGAACGAUGAACAGGUCGCGGGUAUCAUGGGCAAAGUCAAGAUUUUGAAGAGCAUGACGGUAGCCAUUGGCGACGAGAUCCGCGACUCCUCAGCCCUGGCAGAGAAGAUGAACGACAGCUUCGACUCGACGCGCCUGCGCAUCCGCGGGACCAUGAACCGCAUGCUCGUCAUGGCGGAGAAGACGGGCGUCGGCUGGAAGGUCUGGCUCGGUUUCUUCGCGGCCGUGUGUUUCUUGUUCAUGUACGUCUGGCUAUUCUAAGAGCGUGGUCUGAAUCGACGACUACGACUACGACAUCGACGAGACCAAGGCGAAAGGCGAUACGCGCGGUUUAUCAGUCAUGUCAGGGAGACGAGCGUGAUUAUGGAUUACCUCCUACAAGUAUGGGACUGUUCGAGCUUGGAGGGGCGAACGGCCUCCUGCUACGUGGGCUUUACCGAGUUUUUCGACAUGGGACACCGCUGCGAGCUCAAGAGACUGAGGUCAAAGGGGCUGUCCAUGUCAAACGUCCUAGGCGUAAGGAACGAGGAAGCCAAUCUUAACGCGAAAAGACAAGACAGCAAAACCUGGCUGGAAGAGAGGGGUUAGGGGAGAAGGGCAGGCUCCAAUAGCCUUCCCGGAAUGGUGCGGUGCGUUUGGUUGGGAAGCAAACCCAUUAUUCUUGCAUGCUCGGCGUCGGAGGCGUUUUCUAAACGGUUCCAUAUGCCUGGAAUCAUCUUCAUUGCAUGGGAGUUGGGAGAAGAGGGUCGAGAAUCUCGUGAAGGGCCCGACAACUUUCUAUUUCCUUCUCAAAGCAUUGAGGACAUGAGGAAAGAGAUGAACGAUCACGAAAAGGACGUCCUGAUACGAACUUAAAGAGGGACAGAAUGGCAGAACGGCAUGGUUCCUUUUCUGCUGUGGGGGUGGCGAUGUCACUUGCAUACCAUUCGAGAGGGGGAGAAGGGUGAGAAGAAGGCGCGAUUUCUCUUUCACUCGUCAAGUAUUGGGGACACAAAUUAAAAGCUUUUGUAAUGGCCGUGUAUACAUAACACCUG